AUGUCCGGUACGUCCGGCAGCGAACUCCGUACUUCUCUGAAGCUUCCAUGGAGGAUCCGGUUCAUCCUUGCCGCCUUGAACGCCAUCUGUAAUGCAUCUAUUCGCCGUAAUGGCUCCGUCAACCGCUGUCUCAUGACACUUAUUGACUUCAAAGUGCCCCCCUCCGACAAGCCAGUUAAAGGCGUUACCACCUCCGACACCACAGUCGACCCCUCCCGGAACCUGUGGUUUCGCUACUUCCUUCCUCGUGGUACCACUUCCGGGGAAAAUCUUCCGAUCAUCGUCUAUUUCCACGGCGGCAGCCUCGUGUUCCUUUCCCCCAGCUCCAAGUCCUACGAUGACCUCUGCCGCCGCCUCGCUGGAGAACUCCCCGCCAUCGUCGUCUCCGUCAACUACCGUCUCGCUCCGGAGCACAAAUUCCCCUCUCCGUACGAAGACGGCGUCGAAAUCCUCAAAUUCAUUGACGAAAACCCCCCAGCCAACGCCGAUCUAACCCGCUGCUUCAUCGUAGGCGACAGCGCCGGCGGCAACCUGGUCCACCACGUAACUGCAAGGGCCGGGGAGCACGACUUCCGAAACCUGAAAAUCGCCGGAGCCAUACUGAUACAACCAUUUUUCGGCGGAGAAGAGAGAACAGAAUCCGAAAUUCAGCUCGCUGGAACUCCGCUAUGGUCCGUGGAGCGCACGGACUGGUGCUGGAAGGCGUUUCUGCCGGAGGGGUCUGACCGAGACCAUCCGGCGGCGAACGUAUUCGGGCCGAAAUCGAGCGAUAUAUCGGGGUUGAAGUUUCCGAAAAGUUUGGUGUUCAUGGGAGGCUUUGAUCCAUUAAGAGACUGGCAGAAGAGGUAUUGUGAAUGA